GCCCCGGUUAUUGGCACUGAGCUGCUGUAGAGGGGUGGGGGUUUAAAGGAAUCAGGAUUCACAUUGCGUCACUUUGAACUUGGACCAACACUGAAUCAACCCGUCCACUUCGCUCCACACACAGUCUCUCACGGUGCCGGGGACAUAGCCACUUAAACCUGCCAAGCUCAGCGAAGUCUCAACUUAACUGAGACCAAGAGGGUCGGGGAUUAGUGCAAAACGGAAGAGUGGCAGGUCUGUGCGGGGAGAGUGGGGGAACAGCAGGAGAAAGAGUGGGGAGAUAUAUAUAUAUAUAUAAAACCAAAAAAAAACCCCCAUCAAACGCCUGAAGUUUGUACAAUGGGAACUUGCCGCAAGGACUGUGGGACAAUGACCCCCAUUGCAACAGCGGGAAAGUAGAGAGAGGCACCACCUCCGUUCCUGCCUACAUGUGACUCCAGUCCCACACUGAAGUCCUAAAGGAGUUAAGGAGAUGGAGUUUUGUGGGAGGUCGCCUAUGUCAAGCUGAUGUGUAACCGUGACAGACAAGGAUGGAUCAGGAAAGUGAGGUUGACCUGUCCAAUCUUGCCAUAACUCCACUGUGGCGGAAGAGAAGACCCGCUCCCAAAUCGCCCAAUGCAAGGUAUUUGAAUCGACGCAGCAGGCCUAGACCAUCCUCAUACCAAAUCGAUGGUGUCCUGGUGACGGAUUUCCCAGUGGAUGGAAAUGUCCCUACUCAUAACGGGAAUGUUCACCCUUCUCCAGAAGGCCGGCUCCUCCUCCAGAGGCAACCCUCCACCCAUUCGCUUCCAACACCUGAUAAGCAGCCCCUUGUCCUGAGCACCAACAGUGCUGUUUCGUUGAAGAAUGGAACGCAGCAGAUCAUUCCCAAGGACUUGGCGUCAGGAAUUAAGAUCAAGAACCAUCAUCAAAACAAUCAGAACCUGGAGGUUGGUACGAGAAGUCGGCGGGUGCAGAGUAUGGUAGAGACCCUCAGCACCCCGCUUCUUCCGAAGCUGGAGCUAGAUGGAGACACGGACCCUGAACUGGAGAGUCCAGGACAGCUCCGCCGGGGGCUGAGGUCCACCUCGUAUCGAAGAGCGGUGGUCAGUGGGAUUCAUUUUGACAACUCGUCAAGUGUAAAGAAUAACAAUCGCCGGUCCCAGCCCAAUCUCAAGACCGUCCUGGAGGAUAAGGAGAAGUUCUUCAGCUUGGGCAGAGGAAAAGAAUACGAGAAGAAGCAGCUUCCAGCGCAGGGCCCGUUCGAUGGGGAAGAAAAUGCAGUUCUUUAUCAGAACUAUAAAGAAAAGGCUCUGACACUGAAUAACGGGGAUUCAGAUGAAGAUUCGGAUCAGAAUGUGCAGGCGGAGGGGCAGAAGUCAGGUGAUAGAAUAAUCGUGCAGUUCAAGCCAAUCCGAUCCUCAUGGAGCCAGCUCUCUGUGGUGAAGAAAAGUGGAAUAUUACAGACUGUCACUCAGGAGGAAAAAAAGAGGCAGGAGGCUAUUUUUGAAGUGAUUUCAUCGGAACACUCCUACAUGCUGAGCCUCGAAAUACUCAUCCGCAUGUUUAAGAAUUCAGAAGCACUGAACUUAACCAUGACCAAAACUGAGAGGCAUCAUCUGUUUUCCAACAUCGUUGACGUCCACAAGUCCAGUAACAAGUUCUUCAAGGAACUUGAAGCCAGGUACCAACAGAACGCUCUGAUACCUGAUAUCAGUGACAUUGUGGAGAAGCAUGCCACAUCCACCUUUGACCCCUAUGUAACAUACUGCUCGAAUGAGGUCUACCAGCAACGCACACUUCAGAAACUCCUAAAUACAAAUCCAAACUUCAAAGAAAUUCUGACUAAGAUUGAAGCCCAUCCCGAGUGCAGGAACCUGCCCAUGAUUUCAUUCCUUAUCCUCCCGAUGCAGCGAGUCACGAGGCUUCCUCUACUGAUGGAUACCAUUUGCCAGAAAACACCAAAAGAAUCCCCAGAGUAUGAGUGUGCAAAGAAAGCGUUGCAAGCUGUUAGCAAGUUGGUGCGUCAGUGUAAUGAAGGGGCAAGGAGAAUGGAACGAACAGAGAUGAUGUACACCAUCAACAGUCAGCUGGAGUUCAAAAUAAAGCCAUUUCCCCUGGUCUCUUCCUCUCGAUGGUUGUCCAAGCGAGGUGAGCUGAUGGGUUUCGUCGAGGACACGGGAAUAUUUUCCAAACGCAUGUCAAGGCAACAAGUGUAUUUCUUCCUGUUCAAUGAUGUCCUUAUUGUCACAAAGAAGAAAAGCGAGGACAGUUACAGUGUGACCGAUUACGCCAUGAGGGAUCUGCUACAGGUUGAGCCCUGUGAGGCUGAGGAACUAAACCUAUCUCCCAUGAAGACUGCGUCUGGCAUGUUAUAUUCCCGGCAGAGCUCCGUCAACCACCUCUUUCGGCUCACCAUGCUCAGUAAUCAUGCUGGAGAGAAGGUGGUGAUGGUGUUUGGAGCAGAGUCACCGAGUGACCGUGCUCGUUGGUUCACAGCCCUGGGGCAGAAGAGCACUGAGAGACAACACCCAGACAGGACAACCUUGACCCAGGUGGAGAUCACCAGAACGUACCCAGCCAAACAACCUGAUGAGCUGUCCCUCCAGGUCGCUGAUGUGGUCCUGCUAUACCAGAGUGUAGAUGAUGGUUGGUAUGAAGGCGAGCGUUUGCGAGAUGGUGAGAUAGGUUGGUUUCCGAUGGAGUGUGCCAAGGUCAUCACCUGCCAAGCCACGAUCAGCAAGAACAUGCAACGUAUGGGCCGCCUACUGGGACUGGAAACAAAUGUCUAAGAGAGAGAGAGCGCGUGGGCGCAGGUUACAAGAGGCUCGGCAUUCUCCCCUCCACCAUUCAUUGAGGAGCGAUGUGCUCGUGGCCUCACAAAGGGUCGGUCCCAGAUCUUUGCACCACCUUCCUCGUCCAAGUCAAGCCUUGGGAGAAAGUCAUCCAAGAGAAUUCUCCAUGACAAGGACCGUACCACUUGAAAGGACUAUUGGGGCGUGGCGGGGGUGAGGUCAGGGGUCACACAAUUAAAAUGCAGUCGAGAAAGUCCCAGGCUGAAUGGCCUGUCCAAUGUUGCACUUGAACCUCAGCAAGAUCAUCUCUGCCACAACCCAGUGAUGAAUUGGAGGAGGGAGGGGGGAGGGGGAAUUGUUCUGUUUAACUGGAUGAAAAGGAAAGGUCCCCCGAGAACAUUGGAUGGAGCAGCAAAUCCAGAGGUUGGCGGUUUUUGAAUGAAAGCAGCAGUAUUCGAUUGGACAAGUAUCAGGGUUUCUUCGUGUAAAUAGUGGAUGCCUUUGAAGCAAAGCUGCUGCUGCUGGACCAUUUAUCAAAUACACAUAAAACAAUGAAGUAAACUACAGGGAUGCCCCCACUAUGAGUUGCUCUGUAGUACUAUUAAUGUGAUUACGAUGCACUGAAUAAAGAUGCAGUUUAUUAAA